AUGCUCGACGGUCGUAUUGAUACUCAAGGCACAAUCAAAGACCUCCGUUCACAAGGAUUAUUAGAAGGUAUCGCUUCCGAAGCUGGAAUCGAAGCCCAUCGUGAACAAGUGGCCGUCGCGGAGGAGGAAGGGAAAGCAAAAGCUACGCCGGAACCUGAGGUACCGGGAGACGCUGGGGAGCAAAAGAAACCGAGGAAGCUUGUGAAAGAUGAACAUCGCGAAACGGGGAGUGUGAAGUGGAGGAUAUACAAGAAGUAUUUGGAGGCUUCGUCAUAUUAUAUUUGGGUUAUCUUGGCAGUGUUCGUCGUUAUGAACCAGUUUUUGGGCGUUGCAGAGAAACUUUGGAUGAUACAAUGGGGAGAGGCAUAUGGGAAUGACGACACGUCUUUCCGCUCCCACCCCUUCUCAGCUUUCCGUAGCACUGGAGGUAUCUCCGACCACGAAUACGUUGCGGACAGUUACGUGUAUUCGCAACACCACCAGACCCCUCUCUAUACGUAUGCUUCCAACCGUACCGGAGGCAGUCGCCCUCUGUUUGGCGUAAACUUGCCAAACGCAUAUGAACAUCCACUGUUCUAUGUCGGGAUUUACGCAGCCAUCGGUCUCGUGGACGUGACGGUCAACCUUUGUUCUGUCAUUGCGCAGUAUACCGGGGCGUUGAGGGCUUCUAGGGCAUUGUUUAAACAACUGUUGGAAAGAGUAGUCAGAGCAACGUUCCGUUUCCACGAUACUACCCCUCAAGGGCGUAUGUUGAAUCGUUUUGGCAAGGACAUUGAAACGAUCGACUCGUCUUUAGCUGGUUCCCUUCAGGCCGUCAACUCGUCUUUGGCGAGUUUCUUUGCGUCUGUCAUUACCAUCACUGUCUUCUUUCCUCUAUUCCUUCUCCCAGCUACCGCUAUUGGUUUCGUUUACCGGGAACUCGGAAUCGGCUACCUCAACACAGGCCGUGACCUGCGACGGAUGGAAUCCAACUCCCGGUCGCCUAUCUUCUCGCACUUUGGUGAAUUACUCGAGGGAAUCGUGACUGUUCGAGCCUUCUCCGCUGAACGUCAGUUCUUGGACAAUCUCCAUAAGAAGAUUGACCAUACCACCAAGAUGUGGUACGGAUUUUGGAUGACGAAUCGCUGGUUGCUUCUCAACUUUGAUUGUAUUGGAUGUCUGGGCGUAUUCAUCACCGCACUGUUCUCGAUUUCCAGAACAGACCCUGGUAUUGCAGGUCUCUGUAUCUCCAGCGCGCUCAGUUUUACGGGAUCAGUUUAUUGGGCAUGUCGAUUCUGGACGAACUUGGAGUUGGAUCUCAACUCGGUAGAAAGAGUCGUAGAAUACCUUGAAGUUCCACAAGAGCCUCCAGCGAUCAUUGAAUCCAACCGUCCUCCUGCAUAUUGGCCAUCCUCGAGUGCAAAUAACGACACACUUAUCCGGGUCGAGAAUGUAACUGUCAAGUAUGCUCCGGAGCUUCCGGAAGUACUGCAAGAUGUAUCGUUCACGCUUAAAGCUGGAGAGCGGGUUGGAUUACUUGGCAGGACGGGGAGUGGAAAGUCGACGUUGGCUAUGAGCGUUUUACGGUUUGUUGACCCAUCGAGUGGCCGGAUUCUUAUCGAUGGAAUUGACAUCUCGACGAUCGGAACCUAUGAUCUGCGAUCUAGGCUGACAUUCAUUCCACAAGAUGCCACCCUCUUCUCUGGUACCCUCCGGGACAACCUAGAUCCCUUUCAUGAACACACGGAUGAAGAGUGUCUCGAUGCGCUCUACAGAGUUCAAAUUAUCCACCCAAACAAUGAUGGAGGAUCUCGAAGAUCUUCCCGGGCACCCUCUACCGUCGCCUCGGGCACCGCUUCACCCGCUUCACCCGCAACUUCCCGACCUCCUUCUGUGCAGGCUAACCGGGAAGAGGACAUGAUUCGUACCAUCGCAUCAGAUUCAGAUUCCUACUCGACUACCACUACUGACGUGGAAACUCGAACGAGCACGAUCACCCUAUCCACUGAAGUCACAAGCGGAGGAACUAACUUCUCCCAGGGUCAAAGACAAUUACUAUCUCUGGCGAGAGCAUUAUUGAGCUCUGUUAUUGUAUUGGACGAGGCCACAAGUAGUAUUGAUUUCGCCACCGAUGAAAAGAUUCAAAAGGCGAUCAGGGAGGAGUUUGGGCAGUCGUUGUUGUUGACAGUCGCUCAUCGCCUACGAACGGUGAUUGAUUACGAUCGACUGAUUGUUUUGGACAAGGAUACACCAUUGAGCUUAAUACGGAAGGAGGAUGGGUUAUUUAGGAGUAUGUGCCUGAAGAGCGGUAAACUGGCGGAGUUGGAGGCUGCUGCUGUUGUUGCGAAAGCAGAACGUGACAGUCUUAGGGUUGGUCAGUAG